GGGUGAUAACAAGCUAGAAAAAAUUUGUUUUAAAACACCUAUUCACAUUCAUUUUUGCGACUCAAAAGCUUUCUUUUCUCUUUACAUUUUUUCAAGUUUUUUAUAGUUCGCUUCUUCUUCUUUUCACAUUAGAAUUUAAACUUCAAUUUCUUUUUCUUCGACGCUAAUUAUUGUUCUAAAAACGUGGAAUCGAAUAUUUUUAGAAGAAUCAGAUUAGAAAAGCGUCAUCAUUUUUCUGAAAGUCAGUAACAAUAAUUUACAUCUAUUUAUAUAUUAUAUAAAGCUAAUUAAGGCAUCAGCUUAACGAGUGAAGAGGACAAAGGAAGCAAUUCCACUCAAUCAAAGUAAAGAGCUUUUGAUCGAUAGUCAUUUCAACACAAAACAGUAGGUAACUCGUGAUACAAGUCUGAUUUUUUUCAAUCGUUUUAUUGUUCACCGUUUCUUUUUAUUUUUAACUUCUAGAAACGUAGCUCUAUCGAAUAUAUCUUUAACGUGCUGUUCACAAGGAAUUUUGGUUCUAGGUUCUUGAUUUUCAUUCUUGUCAAUCGUCUCGUAAUUUAUUCCUUACUGAUACGAGACAUCCACUAACAAUAGUAAAAAAAAUACAGAAUCGUCCUUUUGUUUCCUAGUAUCUGAAUUCAUGAAUUCCGACACUAUCUACGUUUUUGAUCCCAUUACCUCGGUCGCUAGUCACUCAGGUAAUAGUGAAGGUGUCCUCUAUGUGCCCGCCCCUCACUCCACCUCGACGGGGCCUGCACUGCAACUCGUCCAAGGCACCAUGCUCCCACCUGUGGGAUCAGCUUCUCCAGAUUCGGUUCCUAGUGGGUCUCACGUACUGAGUGUUAAUGCAUACCCCGUUUCCUACGCGGUUGUACCUUCAUCAAACCAAGCCUACGACGUCAAUCGUUUCGAUUUGACGAGAUAUGCAACCCUUGGUGGCCCUAUCCCCACUACCAGACAACCCUUUGCGCAUUCGUUCGCGCCCCAGGGACAAUCCCCCAGCUCGGAAACCGUGCCUCUCUUUUUACUGGGACCGCUUGGCCAGGAGCAGCAACCCUCUCCAAAUCGUGUGAACUCGGCGUUUACUCCUGGUUUUGCCUACCUAGAGCCACCUUAUAUGGGUGCCUCCUCACCAAUGCACUCGCCGAACACCGCCCCUGCAACUGCCUCCGCUUCAACGCGGUUGAAUCUCAUGCCCAACAUCGAUCAGAGUUGUCUGACGAUGGUACCCGUUUCCGCCUCCCCCUCAGCGCACCAUUUGUUGGUCCCACCGAAGAUGUGGGAUAUGCCCAAGACGUCUUUGAGUAAGUUGUCUGAGCCUGUGUCGCCUUCGAAACCAAUGGGCCUCUGUAGGCGUGAGAGUUCCUCCAACUUUCCUUAUCCUAAAGCCAAACAACCUAGUGGCAGCAGUACUGCAUCAGUUGAACGGUUAAACAGUCCUACAGGAGCCAGUGUGCACACCAAAUUUCCACUUGGCUAUCAUACGAAUCGCAGUUCGUUUACACCUAAAGAGGGAAAGCAAUUCUCUAGGUUUAUGGGUGUGAGGGGGUUCUUAGCACCUCCUCCGUUGGGCACUCGCAUUGUGCCCGGCACAACGGCGCUCUUAGAUAUCCCACCAUUAGCCUUGCCAGAGCCUAGAUGGGGAAUUCUCCCUCAGGCUGCGCUUCUGGCAGAGUAA